UUCUCAUGCGGCAGGCAUAUUCUAGAGGAGGCGUUGUAUCACAUGUUUAGAAACAAACAUGAAGGAAGAAAACAAAGAAAAGCAUCGGCGGCAGCGUGAGCGGUAAGCUGGCCGUGGAAACAGAACCAUGUGUACGAGCUGAGACAGUAUAGGCCUUGGUAGGUGAUCAAGACGUAAAGUUCUGAUAAGCCGCCGAGAACUCCAGACUAUGGCAACUGCUGUGACACUAUCCGUAGCUGUGUGGGAAUACGUCCGAUUCUCGGGAACGUGGACGGCGUACCCUCCGGAGACGUGCGAGAAGCUUGAACGCGCUAGGAUAAAGUCGGAAAGCAAAGAUGAAAUUAAAAUACCCCUCGACAUCGCAUGCAGAGACGUGAAAGCUCAUUUCGUCGAUGUCGUUAAAAUGCAGCAAGUAUUUGGCGACGAACAGAAUCACUGCUCUACUUCGCCUGUACGAAGAAACCUUUAUCCCCUCGACAGUGCACCGGCGAAAGGUAUCAGCUGGGAGUGGCAGACAAACAGCGGAAAGUGGUACCCUUACAGCGUGAAUCUUUCUUGUCUCAUUGAAAAAGCCAAGGAACACGGGAUGCCCAAGAUUAACUUGCAGGACCACUAUCCCGAAUGCAUAUACACUGUGGAGUUUGGAAGCAUGCAUCAAAGAAAUAACUUUACCAGUUUCUGCCGCAUCAUUCGAAGAGUUCAAGGAAGUAAUUACCCAUUGGCACCUGAUGCCGUCACUUGUCCUGGAGUUGACCUCAGUGCACCUGAAAG